AUGGAGGACUAUCAACAACUUGGUCAUAUGGAAUUGAUUCCAGAAAAUGAAAUUGAUGUUCCAGCUAAUUCUAGUUUUUACCUUCCGCACCAUUCAGUUCCGGAUAAAAAUGGUGAUAAAUUUCGAGUCGUAUUUGAUGGUUCUGCAAAAUCUUCUAGCGGUAUUUCUCUUAAUGAGAAAUUGAUGGUUGGUCCACAGUUGCAGACUGAUCUGACAACAUUAAUUAUUCGUUUCAGAAUUCACAGAAUAGCUAUAACUGCAGAUAUAGAGAAAAUGUACAGACAAAUUAUACUAAAAGAUGCAGACUUUCAGAGAAUAGUCUGGCGAGAUUCACUUUAUAAACCAAUUCAGGAUUUUCGAUUAACUAGGAUUGCUUACGGUACAUCAUCAGCUUCGUACCUUGCGGUAAGAUGUUUACAGCAGUUAGCCAUAGAUGAAGCAACUAAUUUUCCUUUGGCUUCCAAGACAUGUCUUAGGGACUUCUACGUUGAUGAUUUGAUGUCCGGAGCCAAUUCAGUUACUGAAGCUAUAGAAUUACAAAUGCAAUUGAAUCAGAUGUUGUCACACAAUGAUGAUACUGUAAAAACGUUAGGUAUCCUGUGGCAUCCAGCUUCAGAUAUGUUUUUAUUCAAAGUCAAUUCAUCAUAUCCUGAAGUCUUAACCAAACGAACAUUACUUUCAAUAAUCGCAAAGACCUUUGACCCUCUUGGAUGGUUGGCACCGAUCACGGUUCGGUAUAAAUUGAUUAUGCAAAGAUUGUGGAAACAUCAGUUUCAGUGGGAUGAAAAGGUUCCUCCAGAUAUUGAAUGUGAGUGGAAACAACUUACAGAAGAUUUGUUAUUUAUUAAAAGUAUCAAAAUUUCACGAUUCUUGUUGGUUGAAUCAGAUAACCAGUUUCAACUGCACGGGUUUUGUGACGCCUCAGAGAAGGCCUACGCCGCUGCAAUUUAUUAUCGUUCUGUGUUAGAUACUGGACAAAUUAAUGUUCAGUUAGUGAUAGCCAAAACAAGAGUUGCACCACUAAAAACCAUAUCACUUCCCCGAUUGGAACUUUGUGGAGCAUUACUGUUGACUAAAUUAAUGGAUUUCACCUGUAGGGCUUUAAAUACUCCUAUAUCGCAAGUUUAUUUUCAUACUGAUUCCACUAUUGUAUUAGCCUGGAUAAGAUCUCAUGCAAGCCGAUGGAAGACCUUCGUCGCCAACAGAGUAGCAAAAAUCCAGACUUUAUCCUCUCCUGUCCAGUGGCAUCAUGUGAGUGGAAAUGCUAAUCCUGCUGAUCUUGCAACCCGUGGUGUGUCAUCAUCUGCACUGGUUACUUCAUUGUGGUUACGUGGUCCAGAUUUAUUGUAUAAUUUAUUUCCUUUUCAGCAAGCAUUAUCUGCACCACUACUGAAUGAUUCUGUGCCAGAGCAAAGAUGUGCUCUACAGUCAACAACUGCUGCCAGUCACUUGACAGACGCUCAUGAUUUAUUUUAUAAAUAUUCCUCUCUCACUAAACUUAAACGUGUUGUAGCAUUAUGUCUGAGAGGCAAAAGCAGUGAUAUAUAUAGCGAUUGUGGUUCCAAUUUUGUUGGAGCAAAACGCAAACUGAUGGAAUUUGAAAGGCUUGCUAGGUCUGCAACUUAUAACCAAAAUGUUAGCAGAUAUUUGGUUGAUAAUGGCAUUAAAUGGCAUCUAAACGUUCCAGGUGCGCCACAUAUGGGUGGACUCUGGGAAGCUGGCAUAAAAUCAACAAAAUACCAUUUAAAACGAGUAGUUGGUGAGGCGAGAUUGACAUAUGAAGAAUUUGAAACAUUUCUCACACAAAUAGAAGCUUGUCUUAAUUCGCGACCUUUAACAAGUUUGUCUAAUGAUCCAAAUGACUUGUCAGCAUUAACGCCUGGUCAUUUUCUUAUUGACAGAGAAAAAUGCAGUUGCUAUUCUGCACCAAAAAUUGAAACAUUCUGUGUUGUACAAUGCAAGUCUGGGAGUAAAAAACAUCCAACAUUCCUGCUGUAG